GGUGUAGGAGAGUCUGUGAUCAAUAUCAUGAUGGUGUCUUGUGUUGCCGUUGGUUUGUUCCUCCUCUCACGUGAGGGUGACAUGAGCAGCAGCAUCCCCUCUCUCGCUUCCUUUAGCAGGAUUUGAAGGUGACACCCUCUCCUUCCCCCUCUAUUCCCUCCUCCCUCCCUCCCUCCCUCUCUCUCUCUCUCUCUCUCUCACAUCCUUCCUCUCAAGCCUGAUUUGGAACACGGCCCUACUCCUGCUUCUGCUCCUGCAGAAUUAAGAACCAACGCUACGUGACUCCCACCGUCUCUUCAGAGCCCACUGCAGGAACAUAUCUAAUCUCUGUGUGUGUGCAUGUGUGUGUCUGUGGCUGUGCAUGAAUGUGUUCUGCACCGUGCGGAAGGAAGAAGCGGAUCAGGUCUGCAGGCAGCAGCAGCAUCUUCAGCAGCAGCGUCAACAGAGGAGGAGGAGGAGAGCAGGAGGAGCGCAGGGAGAGUGGGGAGGAGGCGGUGGACAGCAGCAGGAUGACUGUGCAGGAGUUCAACACCCUCGUGGCGCUCUACAGGGAGCAGGUCAUUUCCAUCGGAGAGAUUUCAGCGGACUGUCCAUCACUCAGGGCUCAGAUGCAGCAAACUCGCUCCAGAGGCUGCUCCAUGGCCCGGGAAGCUCAUCACGACCUGGCCCUCGUCUCUCUGUCAGGUCUAGAGGACGGAGAACUUCCCCCUGAGAUCUGUCGUCUCUUCAUUCAGCUGCAGUGCUGCCUGGAGAUGUUCAUCACAGAGAUGCUCAAGUCCAUGUGUCUGCUGGGAGUUCUGCAGCUGCACAGAAAGAGAACAUACUCCGAACCCAAACUGGACUUGAGGCUGGAUGAGAGCUCUGACAUUCCCUUCCUGGAAGAACGCUCCUCCUCUCCCAUGGACUUUCCUACGGAACAGUGGCUGAUGGGAAACGACAUUGAAAACAUAGAGAGAGACAUGAGAGACAUGAGAAACUUACUCAGCAAACUCAGGGACACCAUGCCUUUACCUCUGAAAAACCAAGAUGACAGCAGCCUGUUGAAUCUGACACCGCCCCCUCUGGUCAGACUGAGGAAGAGACGUUUUCCUGGACUCUGCUGUGUGGUGUCAGGCUGAGAGAGAGAGAGAGAGAGGGGGGGGGAGAGAAACAGAGCGAGAGAACGCAGCCAUUUUCUUUUCUACCUUAACUGUGUCUGACAAGGUUGCAUGUAUUUACAGUUGCCCUGCAGGUGGUGCUGUAGACACAGAGUCAUGUCACAUUGCACAACUGUUAAAUAUACAUUUAAAAUUUAUCAACUAUUUUUCCCCACAACAGGUCAAACAUUUAUCUAUCUUAAAAUCUAAUUCUGUAACACAAAGAGUCAUCAGUGGUCAGACCCCGCCCCUCCCAUUUGAUCUCACUUUUGCUUUAGGUUUGUGUUGUCUUCUGAUGAUUUCAGUAGUUGUGGUUUAGUUUAAGAGAAUUAUUUCAUAUUCUGACCUCUGACCACUGACAUUCGAGUUUCUCACACCCAGUGUGUUUUCAUUUCAAUUUUAAAUUAUAUUUGUUUCAACCUAUAAUGGUAUUUCUAUGAUACGUCAAGCUGCAAUCUCUCAAAGGUGACACAGCAAGGACAUGGUCAGACAAGAACAACAAUAAUAAUGUAUAUUUUAGUGUUUUCCACUGUUCCUUUACGUGUUAUAAACGAACACGUUGACAUUUCUGGACUAUGCACAGGCGUCUCUACAGACGGUGAGUCACACUGUGCUCACAUCUGAAUAUUUUACAGUGACCUUCACUGUAAAGGACGAAUUAUUCAUCGGCUGCUCUAAUUACGAUUGUUUUAGCUGUAGUAAAAAGAAAAAAAAAUGUGUGUAAAGUUAAACGUUAACAGAAAUGAAGGAUCUGUUUGAAAACUAGAUGUAAAGUUUUAGAACUCCACAUUUUGUUUUAUGGCUGAAGAUGGCGUGAUCAGCAGAACUGAGUUCUUUCUAAGGCAGGAAAUAUCAAAAUUGUACAUUUAAGUGGUAGUUCAGGUUUUCCUAAAGCGCCUCCUGCUGCUAGAGGUGCGGUCUAGCUCAAAAUCAUUUGCGUCAGCAUCAAUCUACGACAUCUUCAGAAUCUGUUUCCUGCUCAGCUCACUGUUAGACAAAUGCAGUUUGUUAUCGUCUCUCAUCUCUCCAUCCCCGAGGUUCACCAAGGAAAUCUGAUUUUAGCUCACAGAGAUACAGAAGCUGAGGGCCUCUGCUGCCUCCUGUGGUCAUUUUGUGUCACUAAGAUGAAUGUGAACAAAGGAUUUCAAAACCUGAAGUAACAAUUUUUAAAUAAAAUGAAGGAGACAGGUGUUCAUUUAAAACAAAAGUAUAUUUUUUAUGUUUCAAUGGGUCUGGGAAUCAAAUGUAAUGCUUUUAAUGACACUUAAGACUUUCAUGUUCGCCAAACUUUUAAAACUGAUUUUUAAUGCCUUUUAAUGACCCGCAGAGACUCUGCGCAUGAUUUUCUUUUUUUAGGAUAAAUCCUUAAAAAAAGCGUUUGAUUUUCCAUUUGUCGCCACCUUCAGGACAGAGUUGUUAGUUUUGUUUUAACAUAAUAUUUAAAGAUGUAAAAAUAACAUUAGCAUCACGAUCAGUCUUCCCUAAAGAAAGAACUUGAUAACUGUAUGUCUAAAGGGCUUUGCACACACAUUAAAAUACACACACACGCAAUUAUCCAGUUAGGCGCCUGAAUGUCGGUGCAGUGUCUAUUGUGUCGUUCUGGUGUUUGUGACUGUGAUGUCAUUACUGUGGUGAAGUGUCUGAAAAUAUUUCAGCAUGUAAAUAAAUGUGUGUCGUGUCCUGUACCUGAGAGAAUCUCAACCAUAUGUACAGCAGUGGAUAUUUUAUAAUGUCAAAAAUAAAGGUGUUUUUUUUUACGCAAACCAGAAAAUGUCUCUCUGUUCUAACAUGUUAACAGCUUUGACUACUGGUUAUAAAAAUAAAAGCUGGUUCUUGGAGGACUGGUGGUUCAAAUCCUGGCCUCAGCUUAUGCAUGUUGAGCAAACGUACAAAGUCUCCACUGCUCCUAGGGGGCCUGCUCCUGUGUUACUGAGGGGACAUGUAAAAGUUUGGUAUGAAGCAUAUAACGUAAAGUUAGCCAAGAAAUUAAAAUGUAAUGAAAACAAAAUUGAAAAAUGUGUUUGUUUCUUCCUGAUGAUAAGGAAC